CAACCCACUUAGUCUUUAUAUCUUCUCUCCAUCCCACCACCAAAACCCAGCAAACCAAAACAAGCACACUCCCAAUCCCAUCAUUCACAGCCCUUUGUUUCAACCUCAACAAUGUCUCAAACCCAGCCACACCGCCAGCAGUUAUCUUAUCAGGUGGCCCAAAUCACCACCGCAGUCACCGUCGGUGGUUCCCUCAUGGUCCUCUCCGCCCUUAUGCUGGUGGCCACUGUCAUCAUUCUGGUAAUCGCAACGCCACUGAUGGUGAUUUUCAGCCCGGUUUUGGUCCCGGCGGCGAUAACGGGGUUUCUGAUUCUUGCUGGGUUUUCGGCUUCCUGUGGGUUUGGUGCUGCUGCGGCAUUUGUGUUCUAUUGGCUGUACAAUUUUGCAGCCGGGAAGCAUCCAAUGGGAUCGGAUCAGCUUGAUCGGGUGCGCCGGAGGAUUGCCGGUGCAGCGACGGAGUUGAAGGACCGGGCUGAGCAAUUUGGGCAGCAACAGGUUAAUUGAAGGAAAGCCAGCUACCAACAAUGGAGGAGUCACUUGAAAACUGGCCUAUGCAAUCAAUGCAUGUUUCAUACAUUGUGCUAGAGACUAAUGGGGCUACUUUUUUAGGCACUUUGUUUGCUAGCUUUUUGCUUCAGUUUGUUUCCCAUCAGUUCUUCUUCACUUGCUGCUUUUUUGUUUUUAAUGUGCACUACUUUUGUAUUUCAACAAUGACUCAAUAAGUGAAGGCCUUCCAAUGUUUUUUUUUUUUUUUGGGGUGCACAGGAUAAGUUACAAGUGUUGUGAAAGAGAGUGCUACCUGUUGAUAUGAUGUGUUGGUUUAAUUUUAUAUCUAAACAAUCACUCAUGUUUAUUUAAUUUUAGUUAUGUUUUAGAUUGGAUUUUGUUAAUUAGAGUUACUAUAUGUGGAAAAAA